GCCGCAGAGCUUUGACUACAGUCAGAAGAAGCACAAAAGUUUCACAGCUGGCCGGACACGCUCCUGAGCCGACGGAGGAGCGAUCUGCGAACCGAUCCUGAGCUGAGCUGAGUGUCAUCUGGAAGACAGACAGAGGAGAGAGCAGCGGCUUGUCAAGGUGCCUCCAGACUUCAGACAUUACUCCUGAGGUGGUGGUGACUCAGCCGUGACGGUUCCUCUGCACCCUUGCCUAAAGACUUGCGGGAAAUUACAAUGGCUGACCGAUUCGACUGUGACCACUGCAAAGAAUCCUUGUAUGGCCGCAAGUACAUCCAGUCUGAUGACAGCCCCUACUGCAUCCCCUGCUACGACAGCCUGUUCUCAAACACGUGUGAUGAAUGCAAAGAACUGAUUGGCCAUGAUGCAAGGGAGCUCUUCUAUGAAGACCGACAUUAUCACGAGCACUGCUUCCGCUGCUUCCGCUGUGAUCGCUCAUUGGCAGACGAGCCCUUCACCAGCCAGGAUGAUGCGCUGCUCUGCAAUGAUUGCUACUGUAAUGAAUUCUCCUCCAAGUGUGUAGCCUGUGACAAGAUUGUCAUGCCAGGUACGAGAAAACUGGAGUAUGCCGGAUCUACAUGGCACGAGGGCUGCUUCAUCUGUCACAGCUGCCAACAACCCAUUGGCUCCAAGUCCUUCAUUCCUGACAAGGAUGAGCACUACUGUGUGUCCUGCUAUGAGGACAAGUUUGCCCCACGCUGUACGCGCUGUAAAAAGACCCUGGCUAAAGGUGGCGUGACCUAUCGGGAUGAGCCGUGGCAUAGGGAGUGUUUUGUGUGCACCAGCUGUAAGACGCAGCUGGCAGGUCAGCACUUCACCUCUCGAGACGACAGCCCGUACUGCCUCAAGUGCUUCGGCAGCCUGUAUGCCAAGAAGUGUGAGGCCUGCAGCAAACCAAUCACAGGUUUCGGAGGAGGAAAGUACAUCUCAUUUGAAGAACGCCAGUGGCAUCAGCCUUGUUUCACCUGCUCCCAGUGCUCCGUUUCACUCGUGGGCGCCGGCUUUUUCCCUGAUGCCGACAAGAUCCUGUGCCGUGACUGCCACAACAGCCUAUAGAACAGUCACUUACCAAAGCCUCCACUCAGUCUUUUUUAUAGCUUUUCAAGAACCACAAGUCAUUACCAAGGAAGGUAAAAUAGGCUUACAAAUGCCUCAGAUCAUUUUUUAUAAAAAGACAUCAGUUCAUCAGAUUCCCAUGAUACUGUCAUUUUCACCCAGGAGCUAUAGAGUGCAAAAUCCUUGUUUGGUGCUGCAUUGUUUGCAUGAACCACCUAAAGAUUUCCCCUCUAACCAAAAAUUUUUUUUUGUGUGCCUUAACAACCGCUUUACCUUGUAUAAUAUAUACUGUUACUUGUCACUUUGCAGAAAAUGUCUUAAUUUUUAAAAAAAAAGUAAAAUGUCACUUCAGGUUGAAGUCAGGCUCUGAAGAGAAGAUGCAGGACACUGAGACUGUACAGAAACCUGUGUGUAUUUUAAAAAGUAUGAUUUAGUUACUGUUUAAAUGCUCUUAUAACUGCAGUUUUAUGCAUUUUGAAUGUUGCUUUUCUCCUUUCUUGCUUUAGCAUCUCGAAAAAAAGUUUCUGUAUAUCAUGUCACAGAAGAAGGUAUGAAACUAUUGUUAAAAGCAAAGAUUAGACCAGUUGUAAUAAAUUUAAAUGUCAAAGUUAAAAUGAGUUUAAAAAACUGAUGAUGCUGAUUAUAUUUUCAGUAAUGUAGUCAGUUUCAGUUGUCAGUACAGUUGAUUUGCACUUUGGGUAAGAUAUACUGUUGUUACCAUGUAAUGUGCACAUAAUUACACAUUUCAAAGACAUGGCACAGGACACACAGACCACUUUUGUUUGUCAUGUAUCCACUUAUGAACUUUGCAAUGACAUUUAUUUACAUAAAGUUUCAUGUUAUUUCUCUUUUUCAAUCAUUGAAUCUUUAUUUUAUCAUCAUUGCGCAAAGAGCCAGCAUUUAUAACCCCAGUAGAAGCUGUAAUGAAAUGCAUUACUGUUGUGUAUUGCAUGUCUUCAUCUGCCAUGAUUUGCCUCGAUAAUUAAGUUGUUGUUAACGCUGUUCGUGUUUUGUUUUUCAUCAUGAAUAUGUAAUGUGUUUGUGGAAAAAAAAAUAUAUAAAAAAAUACCUUAUUUGUUUAUUUCAGCUUUGAUGCUGGUGAGUCAGAGUUGGCAAAUGUACACGUUAAGAUGGUAGCCAUUGAAACAAUUGAUAUGACUGUAUGCUAAGUGAUAUGGCUUAAAGGUUAAUUUUAAUUUUUUUGAGGCUUUAUUAAAUAAAUUCACACUGACUGAU